AGUCCUACCGGAAGUGAAGUUGUCGGCGUUUUACCAUCUACCGCACAUUCACACCGUAGAGAGGAUAACCAAUCUACAAAUAUAAAUUUAUCUAUUUUUAUACUCGCACACACAUACAGAUACACGCAUACACACUUCUCUCUCGGUGAAGAUGUCCAACUUCAGGCAGACACCGCUCACUUGUUCUGGUCAUACCCGGCCUGUAGUUUACUUGGCUUUCAGUGAUAUAACUCAGUACGGAUACUAUCUCAUCAGCGCAUGUAAAGAUGGAAAACCCAUGUUACGGCAAGGAGAAACUGGAGAUUGGAUUGGUACUUUUGAAGGCCACAAGGGAGCGGUGUGGGGUGCUGCACUAAACAGAGAGGCUACCCGGGCUGCCACGGGAGCAGCUGACUUUACAGCGAAAAUCUGGGAUGCUGUUAGCGGAGAUGAACUACACACAUUCUCCCAUAAACAUAUUGUUAAGUCAGUAGAUUUUUCUCGUGACAGCAAACUGCUGCUUACUGCUAGUCAAGAAAAAAAGCUAAAAAUAUUUGAUUUGGAAAAGCAUGAAGCAGAACCCAAAGUAUUUGCUGGUCACAAAGACACGCUUAAAUGUGCUAUCUUCACUAAAGAUGCACAGCAAUUAAUUAGUGCAUCAGAUGAUAAAACAGUUCGUGUCUGGGAUGUGAAUAAUGAAAGUGAAAUAAAGCAAUUGGAGUUUGCAAAUCCUCCCAACGGCUUAGAACUCUCUAGGGAUGGCUCUGUUUUAGUAGUCACCAGUGGAUGUGUUACAAGUUUCUGGGAUACUGGAUCAUUUGAGAAGAUAAAAGAAUUUGAGGCUCCAACACAGUUGUAUUCUGCUUCACUCCAUCACCAAAAAGAUGUGUUUGUGUGUGGUGGUGAAGAUUUUAAAAUGUACAAGUAUGAUUAUGAGUCCGGAGCAGAAAUUGAGUCCUUCAAGGGUCAUUUUGGCCCUGUCCAUUGUGUCCGGUUUUCUCCUGAUGGGGAGCUUUAUGCCAGUGGUAGUGAAGAUGGUACUUUACGUCUGUGGCAAACAACUGUAGGCAAGACAUAUGGUCUUUGGAAGUGUGUCUUGGCAGAUGAGACUAGCACACCAACUACAGAUACAGUGCCACAGUCUGCGCCGCAACAAGCAGUCAAAGCUGAGGCUUAGUCUGUUUGUUGCUCCCUCUUCACUCUGACAGCUCCAACUUUCUCUCCUUAAAUUUCUUCCCAAUUCCCGACAUUUAAUUCCUUCCUCCUUUGCAAGCGAUUUCUUCAUCAAUGCUUUUACUGUUGGUCCUCCUAAUAUUACACUUUAAUUCAAAAUAAUCAAAUUGAUAGAAGAUCCUCUCUGAUAUUUUUUUUUUUUAUGUGGUAUCAUAAUUACAUGCGUACACACACACAUAGACACUCAUAAAAAAACAACAGCUAUUACAAUUAAAGGAAACUGUUCUAUACUUUCACUUUUAGUUUUCUCUGCUGUGAGAAAGUAGUGUUAUAUCAUGUCUGAGAAAGCAAGAACUGGUCUCAUUAAUUUGGCUAUUGCCCACCUGAAACUAGUUGUCCAUUUUGUUGACCAGUCUCAUUAUGAACACUGCUGUGAAAGGGGAUCACUCAUUAUUUCAGACAGCUGCUUCUUCAUGAAGCAAUGAAUAUAAUAUUUAAAUAUAUAUAUAAAAAAAAAAUACUUCUGGAAAAAUAUCCCAUGGAACCUUAAAAAAAAAAAAGGUCACUAACUCUUUAAUAAAAGCAACCAUAUCCAAAAACU